GAAUUUGACAACUUAUACCUAGACAUGAAUGGCAUUAUACAUCAGUGCUCACAUCCAAAUGAUGAUGAUGUUCACUUCAGAAUCUCAGAAGAUAAGAUUUUUGCUGAUAUUUUUCAUUAUUUGGAAGUACUGUUUCGCAUUAUUAAACCAAGGAAGGUUUUCUUCAUGGCAGUUGAUGGAGUAGCUCCAAGAGCAAAAAUGAAUCAGCAGCGUGGGAGACGUUUUAGAUCAGCAAAAGAGGCAGAGGACAAAAUAAAAAAGGCAUUAGAAAAGGGAGAAACUCUCCCUACAGAAGCCAGAUUUGACUCCAACUGUAUUACACCAGGAACUGAAUUCAUGGCCAGAUUGCAUGAGCAUCUUAAAUAUUUUGUAAAUAUGAAGAUGUCCACAGACAAAUCCUGGCAAGGAGUAACAGUCUACUUAUCAGGCCAUGAGACUCCAGGAGAAGGUGAGCAUAAAAUUAUGGAGUUCAUCAGAUCAGAAAAAGCAAAGCCUCAUCAUGAUCCAAACACAAGACAUUGUCUCUACGGCUUAGAUGCUGACUUGAUUAUGCUGGGAUUAACAAGUCAUGAGGCACACUUUGCACUCUUAAGAGAAGAAGUAAGAUUUGGUGGUAAAAAAUCUCAAAGAGCAUGUGCGCCAGAGGAAACCACAUUUCAUUUGCUACACUUAUCACUGAUGAGAGAAUAUAUUGAUUAUGAAUUUUCACCAGUGAAAGACAAGAUUUCCUUUGAAUAUGAUAUUGAAAGGAUAAUAGAUGAUUGGAUCUUAAUGGGUUUCCUUGUAGGAAAUGAUUUUAUUCCUCAUCUACCUCAUUUACACAUUAAUCACGAUGCACUGCCGCUACUUUAUAGAACAUACAUGGCUAUCCUGCCAGAACUGGGAGGUUACAUAAAUGAAAAUGGACAUCUGAAUUUGAAACGCUUUGAGAAAUAUCUCACAAGAUUGUCAGACUUUGAUCGUGAACACUUCAGUGAAGUCUUUGUAGACCUAAAAUGGUUUGAAAGUAAAGUAGGCAACAAAUACCUCAACGAGGCAGCUGGCAUUGCAGCAGAGGAAGCCAGAAAGAAUAAACAAAAGAAACAAAAGGCUCAGGAAAAUUCUAUAUGUUUGGCUGCUUUAGAAGAAACUGAAGGUGAAGUGACCCCUAAAACAGCGUUGGAAGAUGAACCAGAAGAUGAUGAUCUGUUUGAAACUGAGUUUAGGCAAUACAAAAGAACUUACUACAUGACUAAAAUGGGUGUAGAAGUAGUUUCUGAUGACUUCUUGGCUGAUCAAGCUGAAUGUUAUGUCCAGGCAAUACAAUGGAUUUUACAUUAUUAUUACCAUGGAGUUCAGUCAUGGAGCUGGUAUUACCCUUACCAUUAUGCACCUUAUCUGUCAGAUAUUCGCAACAUCAGUGAACUCAAAAUCAAAUUUGAACUGGGAAAACCUUUCAUGCCAUUUGAACAGCUUCUUGCUGUCCUUCCAGCAGCUAGCAAAGAUCUGCUGCCUAAAUGCUAUCAGCAUUUGAUGAUUAGUCAAGACUCUCCUAUUAUAGAAUAUUAUCCACCAGAUUUCAAAACAGACCUAAAUGGAAAACAGCAAGAAUGGGAAGCUGUAGUACUAAUCCCAUUUAUUGAUGAGAAACGACUGCUGCAGGCCAUGGAAUCCUGUAAUAAGUGCCUAAAAGAAGAGGAGAAACAAAGAAAUACUCACAGUGCUUGCUUAAUGUACUGGUAUGACAAAGAUGUGGAGUUCCAGUACAUGUCACCAUGGCCAGAGAAAUUUCCUGCAAUAGAAAGAUGUCAUACGAGGUAUAAAACAAUACCUUUGGAUGCUUGGCAUGUAGAAAUAACCCACAAUAAGAUAACUAAAAUCAACAAGAGGGCUUUAUAUUUUUGUGGAUUUCCUACUUUAAAGCACAUUAAACAUAAGUUCUAUCUUAGAAAAAGUGGAGUUCAGGUGUUUCAGCAAAGCAGCCACGGAGAGAACAUGAUGUUAGAAAUCAUAGCUGAUGAGAACUCAAAAGAGCAGAUGGUAGAAGAUGUUGCCAGUUUGGUACUUGGAAAGCGUAUUUUUGUUAACUGGCCACAUCUUGAGGAAGCCAGAGCUGUUGCUGUGUCAGAUGGAGAAACUAAGUUUUAUUUAGAAGAACCACGUGGCACACAGAAGCUUUACAUGGGAAAUGCAGUGCCCCCAACUAAAGUGGCAUACGUUGGAGAUAAGGAGCAAAGCCUAUGGUUAAAAGAAGUUCAAGGCAUUUCAGAGCAUUACCAGAAAAGAAAAGGAAUAAUUAUUCAUGAAACAUCAAUAGUUGUAUAUGCUCAGUUACUCACUGGUAACAGAUAUCAGCUAAACCAAAAUGGAGAAGUUUAUUUGGAGAAGCAGUGGUCAAAACAAGUUCUUCCUUUUGUUUACCAAACUGUUGUCAAGGAUAUCAAAGCCUUUGACUCUCGUUUUUCAAACAUCAAAACUCUGGAUGACUUGUUUCCUCCUGGAAGUACAGUCUUUAUGCUUGGAUCUCCUUGCUACGGCUGCAUGGGAGAAGUUCAAGAUUCACGUGAUGUGAUCACAGAAGGUAGAAUUCGUGUAGUUUUCAAUAUUCCAUGUGAACCCCAGCUUGAUCCCUUAAUACAGAACCAGCAUAAAUACUCUGUGAAAUACAAUCCUGCAUAUAUUUUGGCCAGCCGUCUUGGAGUAAGUGGGUAUCUUGUCUCCAGAUUUACAGGAAGUAUCUUUAUUGGAAGAGGAUCAAAGAAAAAUCCUCAUGGUGAUCAUAAAGCAAAUGUGGGGCUAAAUCUGAAGUUCAAUAAGAAAAAUGAAGAAGUUCCUGGCUAUACGAAGAAAGUUGGAAACGAAUGGAUGUAUUCUUCUGCAGUAGAACAACUACUUGCUGAGUAUUUAGAAAGAGUCCCUGAACUAUUUAAUUAUAUAGCCAAGAACAGCCAGGAAGAUAUCUUCUAUGAAGAUGACAUUUGGCCUGGAGAGGAUGAGAAUGGAGCUGAGAAAGUUCAAGAAAUUGUUGCUUGGUUAAAGGCACAUCCUGUGUCUGCUUUGUCUCGCUCAUCUUGUGACUUGCAAAUUCUGGAUGCAGCCAUUGUUGAGAAAAUUGAAGAAGAAAUAGAAAAAUGCAAGCAGAGAAAGAGCAACAGGAAGGUGCGAGUAACUGUGAAACCCCAUUUGCUGUACAGACCAUUAGAACAACAGAAUGGGGUUGUUCCAGACCCAGAUGCAGAGUAUAGGCUGUUUGACCGUGUUGUCAAUGUGAGAGAGAACUUCUCCGUUCCAGUUGGUCACCGAGGUACCAUUAUAGGAAUUAAAGGAGCCAGUAGAGAAACAGAUGUGCUCUUUGAAGUAUUGUUUGAUGAAGAAUUCCUUGGAGGCCUAACUAUAAGGUGCUCACCUGCCAGAGGCUAUCGUCUGCCAUCAAGUGCCUUAAUUAACCUGUCUCAUGGCAGUCGGUUAGAAAUGGGGAAUCAAAAACUGACGGCGGUUGUUAAACCUCAGCCAGCUAUGAAUAACUGCAGUCCAUACCUGCCUGAUACAUCAUCUGCCUGCUCACAAAAAGUGCAUUUGGGAGGCCUCAACCAUUCUCCUCGCUCCCUUUUUGUUCCUACCCAACAACUGAAUGGGAGACAACAUUACAAUCUCAGGGCUGAAAAUCAGAGCAACUCUAACUCACCCCAGAGAGGAUCAUUUUUGAGUGGCAAUCAAAAAAAUAAAGCACAGAGUAAUCAAGAUGAUGAAUUCUGCAGCAUAUGGCAAUCACUGCAGAGUUCUGGAAAGUCUCACCAUCUUCAGCAAAAUAUGCAUGAGAAGAGUGCAGUUCUACCUCAGGAAAUCAAGCUGGGAACUGGCAAUCAAUUCUAUAAGCCAGGAUUCAGUGACAGCAGCUUUAAAGGUCAGCAAAGAAAACAGGAGCCAUAUAAAAAAUUUAAAGAAGAUUCCAAAGUUACAAGAGCUGAAAAUCAGCCACACAAUAAAAUACCAAACAAACAGAAUUUUGCAGGUGUGAAUAAGUACAAUGUCAAACUUCUGAAGAGGAAUGAAAGUCCCAAUAUUCCUGUAAUUCAGAAGGCUGCUGUUGAUGGUCCUUGUGCAAGUGCAAAGAAGGAUUAUGAACUCGAAAGCCUUCUAGCUUCUUUGAAAAUUUCCAAAGAAAAUGAAGUGCAGACUUAUUCCAAGGAAGCAAGAGCUACAAAUGAAGAACAUCUGUCACCACAAUCAUUUGCUAUGAAAGGAACACAGAUGCUGAAAGAGAUUUUGAAGAUAGAUGGCUCUGACCAGGAAACAAGGAAUGAAGUCAAAUCCCAAGUUCAUGAUGUUCCUGCUACCCCUAGUAGACAGGAUUGCCAUGGAGCUGCCUUGCCAUAUAGACAAGGAAAAAAAAUGGCUGCUCACAUGAACAAGCUUCAUGGCACUGCAGGCCCUCAGAACACACCAGCACUGGAAACUGGAGGUCAUCCUUUUUUUUGUCCACAGCCUGCACUGUCUACUGUUUCUGAACUUUCUCGUAUUUGUUCUCUUCUUGGAAUGUCGCAACCAGAUUUCUCUCUAAUAAAAACGCCACAGACCUUGACAGUUUGUCACAUAAAAUUAUCAAAUGGUUUAUUGGUUCAUGGACCACAGUGUCAUUCUGAAGCUGAAGCAAAGGAGAAAGCUGCGCUCUUCGCCUUACAGCGUUUGAGUUCUAUAGGAGUGAACUUCCCUUUGCCUCCACCUCCACCAGUCUUUCCAAAUUUUCAACCACUGGGUGUUCCUGUACCGUCUGGAUCAAUUCCUCCAGUAUUUGCACAACCCCCUGCUAAUAUAAUGCCUCCAUCAUCUCACAUGGUUGGUCCAGUGUCCUGGGGAACUCCAGUGCCUAAACAUUACUAUCCUGGCUCCUAUCCAGGAAACGUGUCUCUUGCAGGAACUAUACCAGUUGGUUCUCAUAACCAGUUUAUACCUCUGCAGGUAACUAAAAAAAGGGCUGCUAGCAAGAAAAACUUUGAGCUCAAGGAGUUUCAGAGUUCCCCUCAAGCUGCACCACUAAAGAAUGAACAGCCAGUGUCUUCUGAACACAUUCAGCAAGAUAGUUCUUCAGCUCCUUUAAAAUCUUCUCAAGCUGCUCAAUCCACUGUUUCAUUUCAAGACAAUGUGGCUACUCCAAGUGUUCCUCAUAAUAAAUCAACACCAAACACUUCCAGCAAGCGAAAGCCAAGAAAGCUGGCUGUCAAUUUUGGCGCACCAAAAUCUUCAGAAUAAAUAUGGUAGCUAGGUGUAUUUUAACUUGAACUCUUCCCCCACUGUUAUGUUCUAUCAUUUAAAAAAAUCAGAAAGCUCUAUUAAAAACACCAGCCACUUUAGUAUAGAAUGAACUACAUUCUAUUUGCUAUAAUUUUCAUGGUUGUUACAAAAACUAUAAAAAUUAAGUUUAAAAUUUAUUUUGAAGUAAAUUUGCAAAAGCCAGGAAAUGCUGAGUUAAGGUUACCAUGCUAUCCAUCUUGCCUAGGUUUUCUAAACAGUGGCUUACAGACUGGACUGGGUAAGCAGCAAUAACAGUGGCAACCUUGAUUCAGAAUUGCUGAGCUUUUUGGGAGGGAUGUGGAACGGUAAUAAGUUGGGCAUCUAACUUUGCUUAAUAUGAUGUUUUGUAUUGUAGCUUCAUUUUAAAUAGUGGAAUAAGGCAGAA